CCUUAUGAAAAAAGCAGGUUUGUUUAUGAAUAGAGAAUAAAUGGUUUUUGCAAGAAUCAUGCCAAUGAAAUAUUCCUUUGUUUAUUUUUUCAUACAUGUGAAUAGGCCCACAAUUAAUCAAAAUAACAUAUAGGAUAAUGCACGGUAUACUAGGUGCAGAUAUUCAUAAAUGAGUGUUUCACCGUUUGUGAACCUCGUCACACCUCACUAUACUCCACAGUGGGUUUGCCACUCAGCAUAUCUGUAGUGUUAGAAAAGAUGGUACACAAAGGAAAUUUCUGCACCAGGAACCAACGUCCAGAAAAUCCUUAUAGGGAAUGUAUAAGAUUGUGGUUGCUGAAGCCUAAAUCCUUGCUGUGCAUUCUUUGAUUGAGGAAAGAAAAAAGUACCAAGAGAUCUCACUUCAAGUUUACAUUUAUUCAGCUAUAUACGAGGGGGGACUCAAAAGUCCCCGGACUGUGGUUAUAACUUUUAAUUUUUUUAUUUUCACAUUCAGUCAACACUGUCACCUUCAAAGUACUCUCCUUCGGCUUGAAUACAGCGCUGCAGCCAGGACUUCCAUUGCUCAAAGCAGUCGGCAAAUUUGUGCGUAAUGAUCGCUUUAAGAGCGUUCUUUGAUUUUUUCUGCACCUCUUCCUCAUCAUCAAAUCUCCGGCCCUUCAGUGCCUUUUUCAUUCUUGGGAAGAGACAGAAGUUGCAAGAUGCUAAAUCGAGGGAAUACGGCGGAUGGAGCAGCAGGGCCAUGCCGUUUUUCACCAGGAACUGUUUUACGCGCAGAGCCCUGUGCGCUGGCGCGUUGUCAUGAUGAAGCCACCAGUCCCCUCUCUCCCACAGCGCCGGCCGCUUCAGCCUGACCGCCUCCCGGAGCCGCCGCAGCACUUCGAGGUAAAAAUCCUGGUUGACGGUUUGCCCGGGUGGCACAAACUCGCUGUGGACCGUCCCUUUGACAUCAAAAAAGCAGGACAGCUUCGAUUUUGCGGACAUUUUCCUCUGUGCGGGAGGUGGAGGGUCGGCCGGAGCGAGGCGAGUCUUCGAUGGACAUCUGACCACUCUUAAAGUGCCCAUAGACCUGUGUUCUCCCCAGAGCCUCAUCUUUGUAUGCGGUGUGGAUCAUGGUGAGUGUUUCUGGUGCCGUUUUUCCCAGUAGAAAACAAAAUCGCGUUCCGCCAUUUUCGGAUUUUUUGAAGAAGGGAGCGGGACUGUAAUAACAUAAACACUGCCUGUGAGCUGUCUGUGCGUCUUUGGGAGGUGAAAAUUUUCACAGUUAUGCUUAAGGCUAUGCUAUAGCGACAUAUAAUGGCCAAAAGUCUGAAAUCUUUUUUUUUUAUUUUAUUUUUUAUAAGUACAGUCCGGGAACUUUUGGGUCCCCCCUCGUACAACAACAACACCUGGAAUGUCUUCACCUAAAUUUGAGCAUUCUCUCUCCUCCAGUGUCUCCCUUGGUCCUGGAACAGAGAGCCGAUCCUCUGGCAAUUCAGCUUAAAGAGCUUGUGUGAGGGCCCGCCUUCAUGCAUAGUUUAUUACCUGCAUCCUGCAUCAACAUGAGUCAUCUGACUCCAUCACCAGAUGGCCUCAUGUUUUCUAUGGCUCCAUGUUGGUCAUCCUCUCAUCCUGAUUGUCCUUGAUUAUCCCCCCAUAAACUUUACUGUAGCAUCAACACAAAAUAUUUCAUGUUCCCAAGAAAAACAGCUUCUUUCCCUUAUCUUCACACACACAGCCCUCUCCGCAAAAACGCUGAAAGUUUAACCACCACUAACCCAUAACAUGCUGCCUUGUGUAUCUAUUUAGCAUUAACGUUAGCUAAUGUAUACCAAAUGCAGAGGACAUAUUUGACCUGCAACUUACUGUGUAUGAAGUGUUUUGUCAAGGGAUUUAAAAAACUCAAUAAUUGUUAUUUCACACUUGAAAAAACUUCUCUGUAUCGUUAAUUUAUUGCCAAUUGUCUGGAGGGUGCAAACGUGCACCAGGCAAAUGCAGAAAGUGAACCAAAGACAGUGACACAAAAAUCGUGUUACAUCUUGAGCUGAUGAAGCAAACUUAUCUGAAGCAUUAUGGAACUCAUUGUCAUAAAAACUAUUUUUAAAUUUGCAUAUUGUCCAUGCAAGUAAAAAAUAAACAUAAAACCUUUAAGUUACAGGCGAAGAAGUUAGUCUAAACAAAGUGGUCUCAACUGGAUUAGUGAAGAAAUUCAUUUGGAAUCAGUUAAAACUGUUGAAUAUCUUUUCUGAAUAAAAAAAAAAAAAAGUACUUUUCAUUUUUCAUUCUGUUGUGUACCUCUGGUUUGCCAUCUUUAAAUUUGUUAAUUUCUUUUCAUCAAAUGAACUAGGAAAUCUGAAUCCACCAUGGACAGAGCUUGGAAAGGACUACUGAAGUCUGGCAUCAUCUUUCUGACCUUGAGUCUUUUUGUCUACAUAUUUUAUCACAUCGACUUUCUGGAGUUUCAGAGAACACCAAAUCCUCCAUUCAAGAAAAUAAGAGGUUCCAGUGAUCCAGGCUCUAAUCAAAACUACUGCACCUUCCGACCUUUGUCUCCCAAGGAGAUUGAUGAGGAAAACACUCUUUUAAAUUCCAUAGCUUGGCCAAAUACUCCAUCUGUGCCACUUCCUGUUUCACUGAAUGACACCAGCAAUGCAGCCCGCAGCAAUUUUGUCAUUCUCCCAAGGCCAGGAGGUGGAUCGUGGCUCGUGGGGGAUCAGCUGGAGGUCAUGAUCAAGAUGUUUGACUUUAAGGGCCGUCCCAAGACUCAUGGGGGAGAUUUCUUCCUGGUUCGGCUACACAACCGGACAGUUGAAGCAGGGGUGGCAGGUCAAGUGGUGGAUCAUCUCAAUGGCACCUACUCUGCUGUGUUCCUCUUACCCUGGGAAGGAAAGUCACAGAUUGAGGUAACAUUGGUACAUCCCAGUGAGGCAAUCCCAUUCCUGCAGCGAUUUGCCGGUGAAAAGCCUAAUGGAGUGGACUUCUACAGCACUUUUCAUUCAGGCUUGCUCACUCAGAAAACCAUGUGCAGUGUGUGUCUGCCUCCAACCCAGCAGCCACAGUGUAACUACACUGACCUCAAUACAGGUGAGCUGUGGUUCUGCUACAAGCCACAGAAUCUGAGCUGUGAUGCCAGGAUCAACCACUUCAGCAUUUACCAAAACCCCCCCAAGGCCAAGGAGGACAUACUCUUUAAAAAUGGUGUCACCAUGAAUGUUGGUAUUCCAGCUUCAGGACCUGCUCAUGUCACUGUUUUCCCAAAAAUGAAAGGUGAACUUGCAGCGACCACAAACAAGGACAUACCUGGACCUGCUGGUUACUAUUACAAAGGUCUGUGGAGUUCACUGAGUGGCGCCACAGUUAAACGGUUCAAUAACGCCUCUGCCAUCAGCCAGUGCCUCAAAGACAAGGUGGUUCACAUGUAUGGAGACUCUACAGUCAGGCAGUGGUUAGAAUUCCUCUCUCGAGAACUAUCAGAUCUCAAGGUAUAUAACCUGCACAACAUGAAGCAGUCUGGACCUUAUGUGGCACUGGACUAUGCCAGAAACAUCUUUGUGACAUACCGCUGCCAUGGCCUUCCUAUUCGUAUUGUGCCUUCACCAGUAACAGAGCUGCAUUAUGUUGCCAAUGAACUCGACGGAAUAACUGGAGGGAAGACCACAGUUGUAGUUUUUGGUGUCUGGGCGCAUUUUACCACUUUCCCCAUCAAGUACUACAUCCGUCGAUUAAUGAGUAUCCGUAAGGCAGUUGUCCGACUACUAGCCAGAGCUCCAGCUACUCGAAUUAUUAUCCGGACGGCAAACCUGAAAAACUCUCCAAGCCCCUUUUCAGCACAGCUUGGUGGUGACUGGCCUUCACUGCAACGUGACAAGAUACUCAGGACCAUGUUUAAGGGAAUGGAUGUUUAUUUCGUGGACGCCUGGGAGAUGACUGUGGCUCACUAUCUCAAGCAUGACAUCCACCCACCCCGUCCCAUCAUUAAGAACAUGAUUGAUGUUGUUUUGUCAUAUAUUUGCCCUUCAAAAUAAGGGUAGGUGUAUUGUGUUCUUCUGAAAAAACAAAAAUGUAACAAACAUGCUUUCUGAUGUUUAGGUUAUUUUAUGUGCUUAAACAAAUGUAAUUGGAUAUUUGUUAUUGGUGUGGCAGAGUUACUAUUUUCUAUUCACGGUGUGAUACAUUGUGGACAUAAGAGUUAGUGCAAUGUGUUAUAGGAAGUGGAGAAGAGGAGAUGAUUAAAUAUAGGAAUUGCACUUGACCGUGUACUGCUUGAUUUCUUUUCCCGCAACCCAAAAUAUUGUGAGUGAAGAGAUUAAUUGAUACUUCUCAGGCCAGCAGUACACAAACUUUCUCAAUGAUUUGUCACCUGUGGUAUGCCAUGUAAAUUUCACUAAUUUUCAAUUUCAAUGAAGUUGCAGAAUCCAGAGUUUCUGAACAGAUUUCCUGAACUGUCUCAACCAGACAACUUAAUGCAGGGCUACUCAACCCUGGUCCUCGUGGGCCGCAGUCCAGCAUGUUUUAGAUGUUUCCCUCUUCCAACACAGCUGAUUCAAAUGAUCAGGAUCGUU